AUGACAAGGAAGCUUCUGGAACAAUUAAAAUCAGACGAAUCCCUAUCAUCCAUCAUAGAUGAUGCCACAGUCGUCAGUGAGAAGUGCUCAAUUCCACUGAACGUUACAUCUCCUGUGUACAGUAUCAGAUCCCACUUGGGCACAACUGAGGUCAAUGUAAAGAGUUUCACCAGAGAUUUUACAACCAAAAUAUGCAACAAGAUUUUAGAUGAAAUGCUCCUCCGAUUUCCUCCAGAGAGUAUGACUGUCUUGAUUGGUAUAGAUAGUCUGAAUCCCAAGUCAACAAGGUGUCUUGAGGAGAAACUACUUCUCCACCUUGUUGACCACUACGGGGAAAACACUUUGCAAAUCAACAAAAUUCUACUUGUCUUUAAAGUAAGAAAAUAUAAACUUGCAUGUGAAGUAGCCAAUGAAGGUAACGAUGAGAGUGGUAUUGUAGUAAAUCUUAAUCCUAGCCACUAUCCUAACCUAAUGCAACUUUUUCAUUUGAAAAGAAGCUUACCAGUGUCAUCAGCAGAAGCCGAAAGGAGCUUUUCAACAAUAAAGAGAGUUAAAUCACGUUUGCAAAACAGACUAACAGAUGAGAGGCUUGCUGAACUUUGCUUGCUCUCAUCAGAAAGAGACUUGACAAAGAAACUUAACAUAAAGAGAAUCAUUGACAUUUUUAAUGAUAAACCAAGACGAGUUGCCUUGAGAUGA